ACAUAAAGUUCCCAAACUUGAUUUUACGGCUAGAAAUCUGCUGGAACUGAGACAAAGCUGACACAAGUUCAUUGACACGGGAUUAGUUACUGACUGUGUUGCCUCCCUUGGAAACUGUUGCGGCGCUUGGAUUUCUUAUACCAGAGAGUUCAUCUAGAUAAUUGUGUGGAAUACAUUUUGGUAGAUUACAAAUUUCUGACUUGUGGCCAUGUCAAGGAAUUGACGUGCAAGGAUGAAAGCUUCUAGCAGCUUCUUGACAACCAGGGUUUUCGUCCUGUCAUUACUCGCAGUUUUGGCCGAAGGCGCCACCCCAACCAUCGACGCCAGCAGCACCCCCACCGUGGACGAGAACAGUCCAGUGGAUACGUAUGUUUUCCAGGUGUCUGCUACAGACGCUGAUGGUCACGUCCUGACCUACAGUCUGACCACGGCCGCCAUCUUUAAGAUCGACUCAAGUGACGGUAAAGUCAGGGUCAGCACCGCAUCUUUGGACUAUGAAACAACAAAGUUUUAUAUUAUUGUGGUCCAAGUUGUCGACACAGCAUCAAACACAGCCAGUGCCACCUUCACGGUCAGCGUGAACGACCUGAACGACAACAUCCCAGUCAUCACUGCCACUGACGUGGACAACACCAUCGACGAGGAGAAGCCAUCCGGCACCAACGCUGGCUUUUUGUUUUCCGCCUCUGAUGCUGAUGCUGGCACAACACUAGUGUACACCCUCACAGGCUCUGACUCAGCCUACUUCGUCAUUGACCAAUCAAACGGCGACAUCACACUCAACUCUAAAAUUGAUGUGGAUCCUGCACGGGCGAACAUUGUCUAUCGUCCAGUGCUCCGUGUCUCUGAUGGCACAAAAUCAGCCACUAUGACCUUGACCCUUACGGUACAAGAUAUCAAUGACAACACCCCUUCAUGUUCACCAGCGAUUGUUUACAAGUCUCUUCAAGAGGGCGCCACUAGUACCGGCCUCUACACCUUAACCUGCUCCGAUAGAGAUGCUGGGGCCAACAGCAACCUGGUCUACUCCAUCCAGUCAGGGGACACCAGCAAAUUUAGCGUGGACAUUUCUGGUAAGAUCAAGGUGGACAACGCCGUGGACUAUGAGACUGUGACGUCAGAGACGCUAGAGAUCAAAGUGUCUGACUCACCUACAGAUACGUCACUCACCAGAUCAACCACAGUCACUGUCAUCGUGUCGAUAACUCCAGUGAAUGACAACACUCCACAAUGGGCGACAUGGUCACCUGCCCUCACCUCCAACACCUACCACGUGUCAGAGAAUGUCGCCGUAGGGACGACUUUAUUCGUCAUGUCGGCUAAAGACGCUGACAAAGACGUUGGUGGAACUCUGACUUACAGCAUCAAGAUUUCGUCUGAUCCUAGCAAGUUUGCCAUGGACUCGACCACAGGUGCGGUCACUUUAAAGAGUGGACUUGACCGUGAGAAUGGCGUCGUUUCCUACACCCUUGAACUUGCGGUGACUGAUGGAACCACAGCACUCUCUGCCACAGUGACACUUAGCGUUGAUGGAUACAAUGACAAUGUUCCCGUGUUUUCUUCUACACCUUUCUCUAUCAAGUUGAUAGGUGAAGCCGCUGCAAAAACAGGCUCAGUUUGUACUACGGUUGCCGCCACUGAUGCUGAUAUAGAUCCUUCAUCAACUUUAACCUUCAGUGUUGACGGCGUGUCUCCAGGCUCUGUCGGUGACUGGCUGUUUGCAGGGCCUGUACUUCAGUUCAACACUGACUUUGACCUGGAUGUUGUGGGAACAUCAGCUCUUCAAGUUCUACGGCUGAUUGUAAAAGACGGCGGCUCACCGGAACUGACAGGGACAGCAACUCUGACAGUCAGCAUUGUAGCAGACAACGAAUUUGCUCCAACCAUUCAAUCCCAGACUGCUGGAGAUGUAACGGUACCUGAGAAUGAGGCUAUUGGCACAUCUGUGGCUGAAGUUGUUGGACAGGACAAAGAUUUGGGAACAGAGGGACAACUUGUCUAUAGAUUCUCAUCAGGGAAUAUAAAUGAUGCCUUCACAAUAGAUUCCAGUGGAAUUAUAAAAACUCAACAAACAUUGGAUUAUGACACUGGUACAAAAACAUAUACACUUGUAGUUGAAAUCAAGGACUCUGGAAAUGCUCCCAUACAUUCAGUUUCUGCCACAGUGACCAUUAAAGUGACAGAUGUCAAUGACAACCAGCCAACAUGUCCAAGCUACUUUAAAUAUGUGACAUUGCUUGAAACAUCUCCAGCUGACAGCGAGGUGUUGACCAUGUCCUGCACUGAUGCUGACUCAACAGACACACUCACUUACAGUGUUACUACACCAUUUUAUUUCCCUGCUUCACCAAACCAAAACAAAAUGGAAUUACAAUCAGUUGUUGACUAUGACUCAGGCACUACAUCCUAUGAUGUGGACGUGACAGUCUCUGAUGGAACCCACACACAGACUGUCAAAGUCCAUGUCCAGCUGCUGCCAGUGAAUGAGUUUACCCCAGCUUUCCCUGCAACACCACUAUCUGUGUCAGUGGCAGAAGGAACUGUGUCAAACCCAAUCACAACUUACACAGCUACAGACAGUGAUGCAAGUCCACACAACAUUGUGUCCUAUAGCAUAGUGUCAGUGACCAACUCAGGAACUUCCUUAUUUGCUGUUGACUCUGCAACAGGGGAGAUAAAUCUAAAGUCAGCUCUGGAUUAUGAAUCUUUACCAACUGGUGAUAAGCAAUAUGUGCUGGUUAUUGUUGCUACUGAUGGUGGAGGUCUGGCGGGUACUGGCACAGUGACAGUGGUAGUGACAGAUGUAAAUGACAAAGCCCCUGUAUGCACACAGUACACUUACUCAUUUAAUAUCAAUGAGGGAACAGCCUCCCAAACACUGAUCAACAACUUGGGCUGUACUGAUGAAGAUACCCAAACUCCAGUCUACACACUCAACCAAGCUCCAAGUACACAGUUCUCCCUGGCAUCUGGCAAACUAACAUUAAACACUGCCCUGGACUAUGAGAGUGGCACAUCCCACACUUUGACCAUCACAGUAGAAGAUCAUGGCACUCCUGUAAAAACUUCAACUGUCUCUGUGUUUAUCACUGUUGUCAAUAUCAAUGAUGGAGGUCCUACAUUUUCAGCUGUAUCCACUGUCACAGUUGAUGAGACAGAUGCCAUUGGGUCUCUUAUUACAGUUGUCACAGCUACAGACCCUGAUGGCACAGAUCCCAUCUUUGGAGAUCCACAGUACAGCAUCAUUGGUGGGGACACCAACCAGCAAUUUACUAUUGAUGUCAGCAAUGGCCAGAUCACUACUAGAAAACUUUUGGACUAUGAACUCAUCCAGUCAUACAGUUUGACCAUUCAGGCCAAAGAAAGAGGGGGAGCUAACUCUGCAACAGUAACUGUAUCUGUCCAACUAAAUGAUAUCAACGAUGAGAAGCCAACAUGCAGCCCCAAUCCAUUUUUAAUAACUGUUAUGGAAAACAAGCCAGCAGGUUUUUCAGUCCAGACUUUUGCUUGUUCAGACAGGGAUGCCAGUACUAUCUUAACAUACAGCUUAACAACAGGGGACAGCACUCUUUUUAAAAUGAACUCCAACACUUUAGAACUUCAGUCUAAGCUUGACUUUAGUGCAGCACAGAGCUAUAACCUAAUCAUCACUGCAUCUGACUCAGUUGCCUCCCAUGAUUUACAAAUUACUGGAACUAUUAUUGUAGGCAGUGUUAAUGAUGGGCCUCCUGUAUUUCAAAAUGUUCCCUACCAGGUGAGUACCAGUGAAGCCACCUCUCUGUCAACUGUCAUCCUGCAAGUUACAGCAAUAGAUCCAGACCCUAACACAGAUCUCUAUGGUCAAGUGAAGUACUCAUUCCAACUGACAUACCCACAGUUUUUUAUUGAUCAGGACAAUGGAAAGAUUUCUGUAGUUGAACAGCUGGACAGAGAAACCACUGCCCUAUACACUCUUGUGGUCAUUGCUUCUGAUGGUGACACAUCAAGUUCUGACACAUCAACAGUGACUGUUACUGUCACUGACAGUAAUGACAACACACCCAAGUUUUCUCAGAGCACAUACAGUGUAUCUCUACCUGAGACCAUCACAACUGGAACCACAGUUCAGACAGUGUCAGCAACAGAUGCUGAUGAUCCUGCCACAGAUUAUGGGAAGUUUUCAUUUGCUUUAUCUGGCAGUUCAAAGUUUACAAUAGACUCAACAACUGGAGUUAUUACAAACAAUGUGGAUCUGACAGCGGACUCUGGGACAACAAAAUACACUCUUCUGGUCACAGCUACAGACAACAAAGGCUUGGCUGGUGCCCUAACUGGCUCAGCUGUUGUCAUAGUUACUGUUACUGCAGUCAACCAGUAUGACCCAACCUUUGCUUCAUCCACUGUUACACAAGUUGUUAAUGAAAACCAGUAUGCAAUAGGAGAUGUCAUUGUGUUGCUGACAGCAACUGAUGCUGAUAUAGGACAAGAUGGGCAAGUAACUCUCACAUUUGUAAGUCCCCAAACCAAAUUCUACCUGACACAAAAUGGCAAUGUGGCUGAAGUACGUCUGUCACAAAAUUUAGACUUUGACCAAGGGGAUACAUCAUUUGUGUUUUAUGUCAAGGCCACAGAUUCUGGUAGUCCAGCUAGGUCAGCAACAUGUACUGUGACCAUCACUGUUAAUGAUGUGAAUGACAAUGCCCCACUGUGUACCAGCACAAUGGUUGUGCAUGUAACAGAAGGACAGACCAACAUUGCAACACUCAACUGUCAGGAUGCAGAUGCUGGUACAACUCUUGCUUACCAACACAUCAGCACCACUCCAAGCACAAUAUCCCCUACUGUGUCAGCGGGUUUGGUCACAGUGUCAACAGCAUUAGAUUAUGAAACUGGAACACAGUACACAAUAUUAAUAAAGGUGUCUGAUAAUGGAAGUCCAGUAAAGAGUACAACAGUGACCAUAAUUUUAUAUGUCACUGACCUGAAUGACAAUGACCCAACAAUAAAUGGACCAUUCACAUUCACUGUGGCUGAAAACCAAGUAGCCAGCAGCAGUGUCUUGUACACUGUUGAUGCCAAAAGUAAUGAUGGACCAACAGAUGUACUCACCUACUUGCUCUCAGAUACAACUUAUUUCCAGGUUUCUUCAUCUGGUGAAAUAUCACUGAAGACAAAUGCUCCUGAUUAUGAAACUGUUGGUGCCACUUACAACAUGAUCAUCUAUGUCAAAGAUUCAGCCAAUCCUACUGUACGCACAGCAUCUCAGACUCUCACAGUCACCGUAACGGAUGUCAAUGACAUGUGGCCAGUUUUCAACCCAAGGACUUAUUCAGCCUCACUGGCUGAGAGUGUCUCAACAGGAACAGCAGUGACACCUGUAACUGCUACAGAUGGAGACACCACUGCAGCAUACCACACCAUAACAUACACAAUCACCAGUGGUAACACAGGCGGUGUAUGGAGCAUUGACAACACAGGAGCUGUAAAAACUACAGCAACCUUGGAUUAUGAAACUGUGACCUCAUACAACCUGGUAAUCCAAGCUAGUGAUGGGACACAUUCUGCUACAGCCAACUAUGUUAUCAGUGUCACACCUGUUAAUGAAUAUGAUCCAGUUUUUUCACCUGCCUCAGAUACAAAGUCAAUCAAUGAAAAUGUGGCCUUAGGAACCACUCUUGCUACAGUCUCAGCUACAGACAGUGAUAAAGGGAAUGAUGGUGUUGUUGUUUACAGCAUAGAUACAGGACCCUUUACCAUUGAUUCCUCCACCGGUGUUAUUACUGUGUCUGGUGACUUAAACAGAGAACUACAUACUUCAUAUACUCUCACUGUACAGGCUGUAGACAAGGGGACACCAUCCAAAUCUGGCUCACUCAUACUUACAGUUAAUAUAAAUGAUGUGAAUGACAAUACACCAUACUGCUCUGCCAGUUUGUACUCUGCUUCUAUCCUGGAAUCUUCCACUUCUGGAACAUCUGUGGCCACCUUGGUUUGUCAUGAUGAUGAUUUUGAUCCAGCUUACCUAAACAAUGCUUUAACUUACACAAUUAUAUCAGGCUCAAGCUUGUUUGUUGUGGAUUCUGCUGGAGCCAUCACAGUAAAAUCAGGAGCCACAUUUGACAAAGAAACAUCAGCAUCAGAAACAAUAAUUGUUCAUGUCAUUGACAAGUCUACUUUGUCUAAACUCACUUUCACUGCCACAGGGCUUGUCACUAUUUUAGAUGUUAAUGACAAUGCUCCAACAUUUACAUCUUUGACAAGUGCAAGUGUGCCAGAAAACUCAGCUAUUGGAACAACUGUACAAACUGUUGUGGCUACAGACCAAGAUAGUGGUGUUAAUAAGGAACUGGUGUAUGAUAUAACAAGUGGCAACACAGGCAACAAGUUUUACAUUGACCCAGUAAAUGGCUAUGUUGUUCUUCAGGACAAGCUGGACUAUGAGACAACUAACUUGUAUACUCUUGUCAUCACUGUUAAAGAUAAAGGUACCCCAUCACUAAGUGUGACUGGCACACUGACAGUGUCAGUGACAGAUGUCAAUGACAAGCCUCCAGUGUGUGCAUCAUCCCUGUACACAUCUACCAUAGCAGAAAAUUCUAUCAGCACAUCAGUGACUACAAUCUCAUGCACAGACACAGAAACUGUUGGAACUGUUUCCUACAGCAUUACAUCAGGUGAUACCAACAGCUACUUUACAAUAGAUACAGCAGGGGUUGUCUCAACAUCAGCUAGUGCUAACAUUGAUUAUGAAACAACUAGGUCUUAUGUUCUGGUCAUCACUGCAUCAGAUGGCAUUCAGUCAGCAGUUACUAGAGUUCAGGUUACAGUUACAGAUGUAAAUGAAGCUGACCCACAGUUUAGUCCAGCUGGUCCAUACACUGUGACAAUGUCUGAAUCCUCAUCAAUAGGAGACUCUGUUAAAACUCUUGCUGCCACUGAUGCUGAUACUUAUGACUCUAUCAGAGUUUUUUCCAUCACUGCAGGAAAUUCUGCUGCCAAAUUUAUGAUAGAUGCAUCUUCUGGAUUGAUAAAGCUACAAGGAUUAUUGGAUCAUGAAACUACAAGCUCUUAUUCUCUAACUCUUAAAGUUGAAGAUUCAGGAGGGAGAUCAUCCACUACAACAUUAACUGUUAGUGUUGGUGAUGUAAAUGACAACAGUCCUGUGUGCAGUGACCAAACAGCAGCUGUCAGUGUAAAUGAGGGAGUUAGCUCAGGAAUAUUGUACACACCAACCUGUUCUGAUCUUGAUACAGUGGCCACUCCUACUCUUCUCUACUCCAUGUCUACCAGUGAUUCAUCAAUAUCAAUAGAUACUAGCACAGGAAAACUAUCACUCAGUUCAGCUAUGGACUAUGAAACUCAAACAGUUCAUGACAUUGUGAUCAUUGUCAGUGACCAAGGGUCACCAGCAAAGACAACAACAAUCAGUGUAAGAGUAAAUGUCCAGCCUGUGAAUGAAUUUCCACCAGUGUUCACCUCCUCAGCCACCUAUGGACCCUACAGUAUUGCUGAGGACACAGCUCUUGGUACAUCAAUAGGCAAAGUCUCAGCCACUGAUUCAGACAUGGGCUUGAAACAAGGGACAGUCAUAUACAGCAUUGUUGCUGGAGACACACAACAACAAUUUGCUGUUGAUGAGUCCACUGGUGUUAUCAAGGUGGUCAGUUCAUUGGACAGAGAGGCUAAAGCUACAUAUACCCUCACUCUAAGGGCAAAAGAUGAUGAAUCGGGUUCAGGAAAUGAAAAAAGUGCUGAUGCUACAGUGUAUUUAACAAUAACAGAUGUGAAUGACAACAGCCCCUUGUUUAACCCAUCUGUGUACACAAUAAAUGUUUUAGAGUCAGCUCCCUUUAGUCCAGCAGCUGUAUUGAAAACUUUAACAGUUCAUGAUGAUGAUGCAGGAACAAAUGCUGCCACAACUAUAACAAUAAUCUCAGGCAACAGUGAAAACAAGUUUUCCAUUUCUGGCAAUGAUGUAACAUUAGUUGACCAGCUGGACUAUGAAACAACAACUUCCUACGAACUGAUUGUUCAAGUGGCUGAUGGUGGAAGCCUUUCUCUUAAAUCUACUGGACGUGUCUUGAUUAAUGUUCUGCCAGCUAAUGACCAGGCACCUCUAAUGACCACAGCUGAUGAAGUAAAAAAUAUCCCAGAAGACACUUCAGUUGGGACAUUAGUCUUUAAAGCAGUUGCAACUGAUCUAGAUGCAGGUGUGGAUGGUAUAAUCACUUACAGUAUAGCAAGUGGUGUGACUAACAAUGAGUUUGUUAUUGAUGCCAACUCUGGUGAGGUCUUUGUUGGAUCCCAGCUGGACUAUGAUACAACACCCAACACCUAUGCAAUGGUCAUCAGAGCUACAGAUGGUGCUGGGGCAUCUGCUGCUACAUCCACUGUGUCACUGAGCAUUGUGCUGACAGACAUCAAUGACCAUGUCCCACAGUUUAGUCUGACCAUGUUUAUUUUCAGCAUCAAGGAAAAUGUUGCCUCUGGCACAUCUGUUGGAAAAGUUGUUGCCACAGACAAAGAUUCUGGAGUAAAUGGGGCCAUCAGUUUUACCAAACUUGGAGGCAGUGGCCUGACUUACUUCAACAUUGACAGCUCUACUGGAGUGGUCUCUACUGCUGCUACCAUAGACUAUGAAGCUUUUAAGGUAUUUUUCCUGAGUGUGACAGCAACUGAUGGUGGGAGUCCAUCUUUUACAUCCACUGGUCUAGUGAAAAUCUUGGUGGAAAACAUGAAUGACAACAAACCAAGCAUUGUGCCAGCAGACUUUGCUGUUAUCAUGUCAGAAAACAGUUUAGUUGGAGCCAGUGUACUGUCUUAUUAUGCUAGUGACAUUGACACUGCCAUUGGCAGCUUUAGUCUAGCAACAGCCAAUUCUUACUUUCAGGUGAAUUCAGCCAAUGGAGAUGUAACAACUAAGGCAACACUAGACAGAGAAACAUUAUCAAGCCAUGUGAUUUACAUCCAAGUCAUUGACCAAAGUACUUCAAGUGAUCCCAUUAUUCAAACGUCUACAGCUACCCUGACUAUUAUAGUUGAUGACAUAAAUGAUAACCCCCCUGUCAUCACUGGCACUUAUUCUGUCUCUGUCCUUGAAAACUCUGUCAUCAACACCUUGGUGCUGACCGUAACUGCCACUGACCUAGAUGCUAAUCAAAAUGGACAAUUGACCUACUCCAUCACAGCAGGCAAUACAGGCUCAGCUUUUAAAAUUGAUUCUACUGGAAGAGUUCAGGUAGCAGCUGCUUUAGACAGAGAAACCACAGCAACUUACACGAUAACAAUUCGUGUCAGUGACAAGGGGACACCAUCUUUGUCUGAUCAAAUAGAUGCUGUCAUUACAAUAACAGAUGUGAAUGACAAUGACCCAGUAUUCUCCCUUGCUGCUUACACUUUUAAUGUGAAUGAAAACUCCAACACAGGCACAGCAGUUGGAACAGUCACAGCAACAGAUGCUGACUCAGGUGUUAAUGGAGCCUUGACCUACAGUUUUGACACCUUCACACUGGGGACAUCUUCUCAUUUUGCCAUCAGUGGCUCUACAGGAGCCAUAACUGUGGCCACAGCUGCUUUAGACAGGGAAACAAUGUCUACUUAUAGCAUUUCGGUCAAGGUGGUAGAUUCAGGGACACCACUGUCCAGAACAUCCUACACUGUUGUUACUGUCUACAUUGAUGACCUGAAUGAUAAUGCCCCCAUCUUCACCAAGACAUCUUACAGUGGUAGUGUUAAUGAGAACAGUGCCACAUCAACUUCUAUACUCAAGGUGUCAGCCACUGAUGCUGAUAUCAACACCAAUGCUGCCAUCACUUACAGCAUCAAUACAGUUCUGUUGGAUGGGGCUAAUGCUAACACUUAUCUUCAGAUUUCUUCAUCAACUGGUGUGAUCACACCAAAAACUUCCAUUGACUAUGAGACUAUACAAAAAAUAACAUGCGUUGUGGUAGCAACAGAUGGUGGGACCCCAUCUUUAACUGGGACAACAACUGUAACAAUAACAAUACUAGACACCAAUGAUAAUAGCCCUGUCUUUAGUCCAACAUUUUACAACACUGAAGUAGCCUACAGUGGUGACUGUGAGAGCACCAUCACAACAGUAACAGCCACAGAUGCUGACUCUGGCAAUAAUGGAUUGAUCUCUUACUCCCUACAGACCUCACUUUACAACUAUUUGUUUACUGUUGAUUCCAGCACAGGUAAAGUGAGUCUGUCCAGUAUAGCUGAGGCAGACACCACUUACUCACUGGACAUUCAGGCCAGUGAUGCAGGAAAUCCUAUCAAAACAGCAACAUCACCUGCUAAAGUUAGGGUAGAUUCUUAUGUGCCAAAUAACCAUGUUGUUACUUUUAGGCUCAAGAUAAGCAGGGCAAGUUUCUUGGCCCAACUGAGCACAUUUCUGACCAACCUUCAGACUGUGGUCAGAAACACCUAUCCCACUGCCCUGGUGCGACUGUGGUGUGUACAAGAGUAUGAUGGUGUGGCACAGCUUCCUCCCAGUGGAAGACGAAGGCUUUUGGCAACUCAGCCUGUAGAUGCCUUCUUGUAUGUGGUCAAAGAUGAUACCACCAACAGCUUGAGCAACAUCAACACAGAAAAACAAUUUCUCACCCAAGAUGAAUUUUUAUCUCUGGUGGCUGCAAACCCUGAGGGGGACCCUGGCACUAGUAUACAAGGUACUGCAUGGAAUUAUUACAGAAUAGAAAGUGUAAAUCCUUACUACCAGGCCUCAGAGAGUUGGUGGGACACUGACUAUGGAAAGAUAAUUACAGCAAUUGCUUGUCUACUUGGAUUGUGUAUGCUGGGUCUCCUAAUUUACUUCAUUGUCCGUUGCUGUUGCUAUGGAAGAUUCAGACCAGCUAAGAAGAAUAAUAGAAAGCAUCGUAUCAUGGAAAUUGAACCUAUCAAAGAACCUCCAAAACGGCCAUAUGAAGCCUUUGGUUUGGAACCUAAACGAGCUCCUGAUGACUUUGGUGGUCAGCCUUACAGAGCUGCUUUCCCACCCAUGUUGAUUACAGACCCUGCAGAUGACUUCAAGCCUCGGCUAACAACAUCUCAUCACACAGUCUCCACACGCUCAUCUAAAACCCCUCGAUCACUGCUUAUUACAACAAAUGAUGAAUUAUUACCCCCUAAUAUAGUAAAUAAUAGAGACUUUGAUGGAAGAGCAAUGGACCAUGUGACUGGUAAGAUGUAUGAAUACAACACAAAGACUAAUGAACGCAGGUGGAUUGAAUAAACAUCCUAAACACAACUUACAUAAUACCUCAUUACCUGUACAUAAUCUAUCAGCAUAAUUGAUGCUUCCUUGUUAUUUUUAAAUGUUAUCAAUAACAUAUAUAAUGUAACUUUUUUCUUUUUGAAUAAUUUCUUUUUAGGUAAAGCAAAAUUGAUGUUUUUAUUCACAUUUAACCAUUUUUCAGAGAUUUUUCAGAAUACCUUCCACCACCUCCCCCCCCCCCCCCCUCCUAAAGAUGCCUGAAAGAAAUUUUGUUAACCAUUCUUGUUUACUACGAUACUUAGAAAAAUUACUAGUUAAACUUAUCAUACUUGUUUAAAGAUUUAAAAUGAUUAUAGAAAAUUUUUUACUAAAUUUUUAUUUGUUAUCAAUUUUUUGAAAUGAGAUAUGCCUAUUUGAGAUAAUUUUUAAACAUAAAUCAAUUAAAACAUUUUGAUACUAAUUUAUUUUUUAAAACUGCUAUGACUGUGAUAAAGAAAUACUCAUUGUUUUGUUAUUUCUUGCAUAAAUGUCUAAUAGCACCAAAAAUAAAUUAAAACUCUGGUGUUUCUUUAGAGUUCCCAUAACAUUUGAUUAAAAAAAUUUUUUUAACUUUGAACAAAAAUUUGAUUGCACACAUUAACUUUGUUUAUAUAUUAUAAAACCUUGUUGUACACUAGUUUGUUUAUUUUCCGUUUUUUUACUUAAGCAAACUAAUUCAAUAUCAGAGAAAUAUGCAUUAUUUUUCCUAAAUUAUAAACUUAUUUCUAUUUGUUUAGAUGCUGUGUUGAGAAAAUAAAUACUAGGUAAUUGUGCUAGUAUUUUACAUUUAUACAUCAUUGGUUUUUAUUUUUACAUUUGUAUUUGGCAUUUUGUUAUUGUUUUAACAUUUGGUUUUUGUUAUUAUUUUGACAUUUAUUUAUUAUCAUGCGACGAUAGUGUCAGUGCACUUGACGGUAAAUUUUAUUGUUUUUCCUCUGGCGCUUUACCUGUAAGAAAGGUAUUUAAAUCUGUACACAAGUAUUUUAUAAAACUUUCGUGUUACAUACAUAAUUUCUGUCUGCUGGAAGUAAACAUGCAUCCAUGACAUUACAGUAUUACUAACUGAUGUUUAUUGUUUAGAAGUUUUUAUCAUUAUUUUGUUUUCAAAUUAAUUUUUUAUGAAGUGUAAAUAUUUCUAUAAACUUAAUGAACUAUAUAUUUUUUUUUCCAAUUAAUAAAC